AUGCCUCUGUUCUCACAGGAAUCUUGGGCCGACAAAAGCCUUGAGGGGUACCGAUCAGUACAAAACCCGUCAGAAGAGAGGCAAUCUGAAUCUGACGAUGCAGGGUCUUCAGAUGCUACCCUCUUAGAGGAAGAGCUUCAAGAUACACGACGCAGAGAUUCAUACUACAGUCGCUCAUCUCGAGCCAUCCAGAUAAAUGUUCUGGUUUUCUUGUUUUACAUUGCAAGCAUCCUUCUCGUUGCCAAACAUUUUCGAUCGCAGGCUCUCAAGGGACCUAACCUGGUUCAUUCUCCUGCUUAUAACGCAAUAACAUGGCAAGAACAAGCUUACACCGAAACCGAUACUCAUCAUGGUCCAUUCUCAGGGUAUCCUCGACCCGAGAUCGAUGAAAACUGGCAUGAGCUUCUAACUGCUUAUAAUAUCGAGCUAGAACCCGAAAUAAUGCAACGCUUCGGUCGCGAAGACACGGGCGUAAAGGUUCCGGGCAGCAACAAAUAUAUUGGAACUCUCAACGUUUUCCAUGAACUCCACUGCAUUAAACGUCUGUACUCUUAUAGCUACCCUGAAGUAUACUGGGCAGAUCUCAGCGAGAAACAACGAGAUGUGAAUCGUAUACAUAAUGAGCACUGUCUUGAUUUUCUUCGCCAAGCAGCCAUGUGUCACGGAGACAUUGGAAUCGUGACAUAUGAGUGGUCUGAAGAUAGCCUGAUGCCAGUGACGAAUCAGACUACACAUCAAUGUAUUGAUUGGAAACAAUUGGAUGACUGGAGUAGAGAGAGAAGUGUUGAUAUGAUGAAGCCCGGGUGGCUCAUUCACCCAACCAAAGGGCCAGCUUAUCCCGAUGGAGAAGGGAGUCGCCUCGGGGUAUUCAAGGAAGCUGAUGAGGUUUUGAGUCAUGGACAUUGA